GACAGAUAAUUGACAGACGCUGAAAUACUGAAAAAAAAAUGAAAACAAAUAAACAUAACCUUCAAAUAUCCGCUUUUUUAGAGCUAAAAAUUUCAGUCCAAAUGAUUUAAAAUAAUGACUAAAUUGUUGUAUCGUUUUAUUAGACGUAAAAUAUCGUUUUUUGUAGUUCCCUGUCUAAUAAUAUCAGCUUUAUUCAUCAUAUAUCAAUUAAAGAUAUUUUACGAAAUAUCUGCAUCAGUUCCAAACCGAAAUUCUAAAGAAUUGUAUAAAGAAAAACUAGUCAGAGGAAGUCACGUUCAAGAAAAGAGAUUCUAUACUGCUGAAAAUGGAAAAUUCACCUGUAUUAGAAGCAGUGAGGUAAUUGAUUUUGAGAAAGUGAAUGAUGAUUAUUGCGAUUGUGAAGAUAGCAGUGAUGAGCCAGGAACCAAUGCUUGUCCCGAUGGUAUAUUUUAUUGCACCCAAACAUCCCUAAAUAAGAAGUUUCCUAAAAUGAUUCCUUCGAGUAAAGUUAAUGAUGGUAUUUGUGAUUGUUGUGAUGGAUCAGAAGAGUAUAGAAGCAAUGAAAUAAUAAAAAAUUUCCCGAGAAAUCUACAGAAAGUUAGUAAUCAUUUCCUGGUUCCAUGUCCAAAUGUGUGUUAAAAAGUGCCUAGAAUAUAAGAAAAAAGAACUUUACUAUGAUAAAAAAGAAUAAUAAUGUAUAGUAGAUGUUUAAAAUAGUAAAUACUGUAAUAUUUUUAAGUACUGUAGUAUAGCAAUCACUUAAAAUCGGCGGCAUUAGCAUCAAGAUAUUUGUAAAAUUCUUCAAAUGUAUGAAAUUCCUUACAAAUAUAUAAAAGUUCUCUGGUAUUAGGAUUUCAGAAAUUAUAGAAUAACUAUUU